CAACCCCUCUGCAGAUGCCGCGUACCUUUACAAAUCAAGUCUUUACGCUUCCCCUAUCCGUCAGCCUUCAUGGACGACAGGCGUGAGGCUAAAAGAGCACGCCAGGCGUGUCUCAACUGCAGGAGGAAGAAGACGCGCUGCUCGGGAGAGAAGCCAGUAUGCGCCUUCUGUGCCCGACUCAAUCAGCGCUGUACGUGGGAUGGCGACGAAGAUGUCUCGCCUGAUCGAUUCACGGACCCGGGCCAAGCGCCAUCCCUCUCAGGAGCGGCCGCACACAAUGCCAGCCUCGCUGCAAGAGUCGCCUUGCUAGAGUCUCGGCUGAGCUUCCUGGAUGCAGACAGCGCUUUCAACCUGUUCGCAUCUGUGUCGCCACAGACGACCGUCAACCAGUCUGUAGACCAGCCUCCCGUUGUUGACGAGAUCGCCCGCACGAAUAGCGACUUCACCUUUCUUCCAGAUCCGGCAAUAUUUCGAUCUCUUGUUCAGGUCUAUUUUGAUCGUUGUCACAAUCAGCCUUAUGCCUUUUUCCACGAAGAGAUGUUUCGCCAUGAUUAUGAAUCCGGAUCGCUGCCCGAGUAUUUACUCUAUGCCUUUGCUGCUGCUGCCUGCCGUUUCUCCGACCACGAAUUCUAUCAGCAGCGUCGGGCCGAAGCCAUUGACGCCUAUGCCCAGGCAUCCUUUGGGCAGAUAUUUGAGCAUUCAUUCUCAGACGCAGAGAGUUUAGAGCCGUGGAUGGUGGUAGCUCUAGCCAUGUUGGCGAUUGUGGACUUUGCAGCUGGACGUCCAAAGAUCGGCUGGGUGAAACUGGCUCUUUCGUGUCGGUUCGCACAUGCCCUGCGGCUCAAUGAAGAGCCCGAUCAGCAGCUUCCUAUCCACGAACAAGAAGAGCGGCGACGAAUAUUCUGGUCGGUUUAUCUCCUGGAUAUCUUGAUGUCAAUCGGGCCGAACCGACCUCCUUCACUUCUAGAUGAAGACUGCACCGUCCGUCUUCCAUGCCAUGAAGCUCUUUUCAGGGAUGGACUCGAUGGUGGGCCCGUGCCAAAUUUGACCGACGUUGUCGAAAAUCCGUCAGGUUCCAACCACCAGAACCUGGAUCCCUUUGCCAUGACUGUAAUCAUGGCGUCGGCACUGGGCCGCUUUAUCCGAUUUAGCUUGAAGCGCACUCUGAAUACCACCCAUGUCCUCUGGGACCCACGAUCCAAGUAUUAUGAGGUACAGAGCAUUUUACUGUACUAUGAAAGCCACUCGCCGUGUGCUUUCAGCACCAUUUCCGAGGCUCUAAAUCGACAACCUUCAUUUGACGAGACCGUAUCACCGUCACAAGUCAGUCACAUUGUCUACUCCCAUGCCCUCUAUCACCUCAACAAUUGUCUACUCAACCAUCCAUUCAUAUUAUACCGCUUCUUCCAGGCUUAUGCAGCUCCUGUCCCUCUAAGUUUCGUGCAAGAGGCCCUGGAACGAUGUCGAAGACACGCCACAAACCUCCUGGAGCUGCUAAACGAUCUGGAAUCGUAUGGCCCUCUCAGCCAUCCCAGCUUCUAUGGGUAUUGUGCAAUGGCGGCAGGAGUGAUACACAGCAUAUAUGAGAAAAGUGAUGACGCAGAAAUUGCGCAGACCUCGAGGAAACACCUCCAAGCUGCGCUCAAGUUUCUGCAGCGCGAGCCAGUGCGGUGGGGUCAUGUAGGCCACAUGGGCACCCUCCUCCGGUCGUUCAAGUUGGAUCCUGGGGUUGCUAGGGUUCUCACAAAUCCUGUGAGCCUGGCACAGAAAGUGACUGUGCCGCUCGGAAAUAUGCUGUGGCAGCUCCUUGAUUACGCUUGGUUGCCCCAGAACAUCCGCCCUGGGGAGAAUAGGUCUUCUCUAGCAGAUUUACUACCCGGAACAGGACACCUCCGGCCAAAUAUAACCGAGUCUUUGACUUCUGACAGCACAAAUCUUCCGGGCGGCCAGUUUCCCGCUAGUGGUGUACUACCUCCAACGUACGCUCGUAUGUUGGGAGAAGACAUGGGCGGGAUUUUGUCAGAAGCCAUGGGAGACAACGGCUUGCAGGGAUUCCCCCGACAAACGUUUUCCAAUAGAUCGUCGGCUGCAUUCUGAUGUCCUGGCCUCUUCACGUGCGUGACUUCUAGUCCGCUGCCUUCUUGGUGCGAGCUGGGUCAUGCGAACGGAGCAUUUUCUGGGAGGGGUUCCCGUUCCUGUGUGAAACAGCAAUGAUCGCCUUGUGAAGCUCAAUAUCAGGGUAAUCUUCAUUCAGCAGAAACCGGACAGAAUGGUUCAGCUGUGGGGGAAACAGCUACGUUAAUGUUGUUAUUGCUUCACAAUAAGUCACAACUUGCUCGACGGACGAGUCAGUCUUUGCAGCUCCUUUGUCUCCAGCUUGACGGCAAGAUCGCUCAAUAUCUCAUCGCUGCCUCCGCCCACCACCAUAACUCGAACAUCUCGACUGAUCUGCUCGAUUCUGGCACCCUUGCCAGUGCGUGAAUAACCUGCUCCGCCCAUGAUUUGCUGCGCGUCCCGGUUGACACGCUCUAAAACCCGCCCGGCGCCGGUCUUCAGGGUGGCAAUCAUCCCUCCAAGAUUGAGGUCUCCAUGGGAUGCGGCCUGGUCACCUCCUGGGCGACCUCGAGUUUUUCUCUUUCGCUCGUGCUCCGUCAAGUACACAAUCGACUCUAGAUACGCAUAUACCGGUUCGACGUCACGGGCAAAGUCGGCAAACUUGGCCGAGAUGACCUGGUUCGCAAUCAGGGGCUUGCCGAAAGUUUCUCUUCGGAGCGCAUGGGCAUAAGCGUCUUCGAUGCAGACGCGCGCCAUGCGAAGGGAUGUACAUGCCAGCCAGAGUCUUUCAUGGUUGAAGUUUGACAUGAUGAUGUCGAAACCACGGUUUUCUGCGCCCAGGAGAUUUGUCACAGGUACCGCGACAUCGUCAAACUCGAUAUACGUGGAGCCGCUGGCGUUGACACCCGAGUUUUCGAUCUUGCUGCAUUUCACGCCGGGAGAAUUGAGCGGUAUUAUCAGGGCAGAGACUCCCGCGCGGCCUGGUCCACCUGUGCGUACCGCGGCGGUGCAGUAGUCGGCAAAUAUGGCAUUGGUGAUCCAUUUCUUCGCGCCAUUCACGAUAUAGACGUCUCCGCGCCGCUCGGCCGUCGUCGUGAUGCCCGCCAC